CUUAUCUUUAACUUUGGGCUAAAGAUAAAAUAAAUGGCAGCCGCAGCAGCAACCUUGGCAAUUCAUCGCUCCUCAAUUGCAUCAUUCCUGCCAAACAAUCAUCAUCCCAAGACGACGUCGUUAAGGAGGAUAUUACCAAUACUGGCAUUGUCCAAGCGCCAGAGUAACCAGACCGCCGAUGACAAGGCAGCCUUCGUUUCUCAGGAAGAUGUGAAGUAUUUGGUGCAGUUAGGAGGCGCAUCCGUCGCAGGUGCAGCAGCGAUCAAAUACGGAAGCAUUAUAUUUCCAGAAAUCACUCAGCCCAAUCUUGCACAGGCCUUGUUCAUCAUAUUCGCUCCUGUUACAGUUGCUCUUGUGCUACUCGCCAGACAAAGCCGUGUUUGAUUCAAUGCUUCUGCACAAACCAGACACACUUGCAACUUAACAACGAUGUAGCUAAUUUAUUAUCUCAAAUGAAAACUCCCAAAUUCUUAA